AUUGGCCUCCUGGGCUCAGCCCUGGACGACUAUCGGGGGCAGUUCCCAGAGCUGCAGCCCCUUGAACGGGAGCUCAAGCGCCUGGAGGAGAUGCUGCUGCAGAAGCAGGGUGUCUUCCUCAGCCGGGCCUCCAGCAUCAGCCUGACGGUGGAGCAUGCGCUGGAGAGCUUCAGCUUCCUCAACACCUCUGACAUGGAGGACUCAGAGGGCUCCGAGGAGGAGCCUCUCCAAGAUGAGAGGAGGUCUGGCAGACCCCGGCAUGGCAGCAGGGCCCCCAGCGCUGGUGAGACAGGAGCAGAUGACACCGGCAUGUGCAGCAGCUCCGAGGCCAGCACCGACCCCAUGAGCACCGGCAAUGAGUUCCUGGAUAAGGCCCUGGUGCUUCACCUCAACAACUGCAAUCGCUUGCUGCUGAAGCUGGGCACUUUUGGUCCCCUACGGUGCCGGGAGAUGUAUGCCCUGGACAGGCUGCUGCGGGAGGCGCAGGUGCUGGAGAUUGUGUGCCAGCUGACGGAGGAGCGAGCGGGAGCAGCCAGCUCUGCUGCUGAAGUGGUGCAGUUCUCAACACGGAAGGAGGGUGUGCUGCCCCUUUGGGACUGCUGCGUGGAGGUGCCCAACAUCUACACCUGCCCUGUGGAGCGGUUCCUGCAGGUGCUCAGCACCCAGUAUGCGGCACCCAUCAGCGAGCGGCACCCUGGCCUGGCUGAUGCCGUGUGUGUGAAACUGGUUGUGCUCCCCGUGCGCGCCGGCAGUGCGCAUGGCGAGCAGGUCACCAUCUUCCAGUACUGGAGCCACUUUGAGUCGCUUGGUGCCCUGGUGCUCGACACCUACGUGAUGGAGCUGGCAGAGGAAGCACUGCUGGCGCAGAACCUCAACUCGGACGACCAGGACGUGGUGUUGCGUGCCCUGAAGCGCGUGCCCGAGGGCCGCCUGAAGAAGGAGGGACUGAAGGCGCUGAGCCUGCUCCUUGUGGAGGGCAACAGCAAGGUGGUGAGCGCUGUGUCGGCCCAGCUCCGCAGUCUGGCGGAAAACCCACGCUUCCGCCAACGGGCCCUCGUGUGCUACCUGGAGCAGUUGGAGGAUGAGGAGGUGCAGACGCGCGUGGCAGGGUGCGCGGCGCUGGGCUGCCUGAAGGCCAAGGAGAGCAUCGAGCAGCUGGUUUACCUGUGCCAAACCGACAAGGAGCCUGUGCGUGAGGCAGCCAAGCAGAGCCUGAUGCUGUGUGGGGAAGAUGGUAAAUCAGCUCACCGGCGGCUGGAGGAGACCCUGGACAGCCUCCCAAGGAUCUUUGCCCCAGCCAGCAUGGCCAGUACAGCUUUCUGAGACGCCACGCAAACCCACCUGCCAUCCCUUGAGGGCAAAGGCACCGCUGGGCCGCCCGAGCUUGCACGGACUGGGGCCAGCCGCAACCCGGCAGCUCCUGCUCUUGGCAGCACACUUCAGUACUCCCCCCGCCGGCAGCUCGCCACGGCCGCACACUGCCUUAUGGAGCACCGCUUCCCCUGCACCCAGCCACCAGUCCUGUGGGGUGCCACGUACGCACCCCUGGGCAGGGGGGGUUUGCUGCACAUCCCACCCUCUGAUUGCUA